AUGAGGAAGAAAACCAUUGCUAAAAGGCCUCCUCGUGAAAAAGUUUACAAGCUUCCCACAAAACCUUCAACUCGCUCCCAAGACCGAACCUUCACUCCUUCUUCUUCUCCUCCUACCUCACCUCCUCGGACUGAUCCUAUGGCACGCACUAAAAACCCAUCUAGGGUUCCAUCUUCAGCCAAGCCAACUCCUCCUCCAAAGGAACCUCCUUCAAGGCCUGGAUCAUCAAAGCCGAGUUCUUCGAAAGGGAAAAGACCAGCAGCGCCUGAACCUGCCUCUGAGCCCCAUUAA